AUGCUAUAUGAAAUACCUACAUCCUCUGUCGAAUGCUUGGAGAGAAAGAUCAGCAGACACUUGCGCCGAUGGCUGGGAAUACCACCAAGCUUUACCAGCAUCGAAUUGUAUGGGCGAUCGAACCAGCUACAACUCCCGCUAUCAUCACUAGUGGAGGAGUUCAAAGUUGCAAAGACACGACUGGUAGUGACGCUCAAGCAAUCGCAGGACAGUUCAAUCCGAAAUGCUGGGAUUGAAACUAGGACAGGGAGAAAGUGGUCAGCAAGCCAAGCAGUCGAACAGGCCGAGAAAAGACUCCAGCAAAAAGACAUUGUCGGCAUCACAGCUGUAGGCAGACAGGGGCUAGGCAGCUCCAAGAUAACAUUAUGGAGCUCUGCUGGAAACAUGGAAAGGAGGAGAAUGGUGCAAGAUAAAGUCAGAGCAGCAGAAGAAGAAGACAUAAGAGCGAAAGCUGUGGCUAUGGGUGCCCAGGGUGCGUGGACGAAGUGGACAACGACAGAAAGAAAACUGACCUGGGCUGAUAUUUGGAGCUACGAACCACUGAAGAUAGCGUUCCUGCUCAGAUCAGUCUAUGACCUGCUACCGUCACCCUCAAACCUGCACAGAUGGGGUCUACAGGACCACCCCAAGUGCCAAUUGUGUGACAAGACAGGAACCAUGGAACAUAUUCUGUCAUCGUGUACCACAGCCCUCACCCAAGGACUCUACAGGUGGAGACACGACAGUGUUCUUCAGGAACUCGCUGACAAGUUGGAGCGCGAGAGGACCAAGAAGAGGCCCAGACAGAAACCCCAAAAGAUUCAGUUCGUGAAGGAAGGACAAAAGGCGCCUAAAAAACUGCAGCCUACCAGUUCUGUAUUAGAUGAAUCUGAUCAGUGGGAAAUGUCUGUUGACUUGAAGCAAAAGCUAGUGUUCCCGAACAUUAUCCAGACAACAUUAAGGCCUGACAUUGUGUUGUGGUCCACUAAAGAUAAGUGUCUGAUCAUGGUUGAACUGACAGUCCCUUGGGAAUCUCGUUGUGAAGAGGCCUUCGAACGGAAAAAGGCCAAGUAUACAUACCUGCAAGAACAGUGCAGAGAGAAAGGAUGGCGAGUGUGGCUCUACCCUGUUGAAAUCGGCACUAGAGGAUUCCCAGCACAGUCGCUGUGGAGAAUGUUCAGUGCCUUGGGCAUCAAAGGAGCAGACAGGAAGAGAGCAGUGAACAAACUGAGCCUAGCAGCAGAAAGGGCAUCCAGACUGUCUGAAAUGGAGUCAUUUCCAGUGCCAGAUGAUCGUCAAAUCUGA